AUGGGCGGUGCAGGGUUCAGUUACCAACUCAACCCAAACCCCGAGUCCCUCCUAAUCGUAGACAUCCUUCUACGCGCUUUCGAACUUGGCGUGCGCACCAUAGACACUUCUCCAUACUACGAGCCCUCGGAGCAGCUCAUGGGAGCGGCACUGUCUAAUCCACGCAUCACUUCCAAGUUCCAGCGAAGCGACUAUGAACUCAUGACCAAAGUUGGCCGCAUCAUGGAAAAUGAGUUCAACUACUCACCAGACUGGAUCCGUCAAUCCGUGGCGCGAUCGAUGGACCGCUUCCAGUCUUCGUAUCUGGAUGUUGUGUUUUGUCACGAUGUCGAAUAUGUCUCUAGAGACGAGGCAGUGACGGCUGUUGGUGUUCUCUUCGAGUUUCAGCGCGCAGGUAUCGUUUUGCGCGUCGGAAUUUCGGGCUACGACAUCGAUAUCCUAGCAGAAGUGGCUAUGCUUGCACAGCAGCGCUACGGGCGACCUGUGGAUGUUAUCCAGACCUGGGCUCAGCUUACUCUUCAAAACACACAAACAGAAACCCGAGGUUUCGACAGGUUCCGCGACGCUGGUGUAACUUCAGUCUUUUGCUCAAGCCCAUUGGCAGUCGGGCUACUCAGGACUGGUGGAAUUCCCGUGGGCUUGACUGGUGACUGGCACCCUGCGCCUCAAGGCUUGAGAGCUGCUGCGGCUGAAGCAGCGCAGUGGGUAGAUGAGCAUGGAAAGGGGGAGACACUCUCGUUCCUCGCGAUGCAGUAUGCUAUUAUCAAGGCCAAGCAGAAUUGUACUCCUUCGUUUGAGGUGUCUACGAUAACGGGAAUCAGCACUUUGUCCGACUUGGAACAGAAUGUAGCUGCCGCGAAGUCAAUUCUCAAAUCUGCAAAGGCAUCGGAAAGUUUGCAGGACUAUACUGAGCUGGAUUCACAGGCGGUGGAGAGUCGUUAUGAACUGUAUGAGCGUGUUCGGUCAAUGCUUGGGAUGUGGGUAGACUAUGACUUUACAGGGAAGAAAGCGAAGGAAUAA